GGGGUCCUUGAUGAAGAAGUCUACAUUGAGCAACCACAAGGCUACGAAGUCAAGGGAGAAGAAAAAAAGGUCUUGAAGCUAAAGAAGGCACUCUACGGGUUGAAAUAA